UGCAAUGAGUCAGAUGCAUUCGGAAGACUGGACGGGGAUGAAGGAGCUGGCGGCGGACAGGUGUGUGCAGGCUCCGGGGUACCCGGCGCCGGCGGUUGUCGCCCCGCUCUCCUUGCUGGACACCGACCCGAGGGGUUGGCUGGCGCCCAGUUUGCAAAGCACCUGCCCGGCUCACGGGGACUACCUGGCACCCGGGCCGUCGGACGAGCUGCUGCUGCUGGGGCCCGGGUCGGAGCUGGAGGCGCCGUUGCAAUGCAAGAGCCCGCAGCUCAAGGUGCGGGAGCUCUGCAAGCUGAAGGGCGUGGGCUUGCAGGAGCUGGGCUGCCGGCAGCGGGCUCCGCCGAGCAGGCAUGUGAGCGGCGUGCAGAAGCAGAGGAGGCUGGCGGCCAACGCCAGGGAGAGGAGGAGGAUGCACGGUCUGAACCACGCCUUCGACCAGCUCCGGAACGUCAUCCCGUCGUUCAACAACGACAAGAAGCUGUCCAAGUACGAGACUUUGCAGAUGGCGCAGAUUUACAUCAACGCACUGGCCGAGCUGUUGCAAGGAGGGGGCGAACCCGGAGCCAAGGGCGAGGCUUCGACCCGGGCUGCAGGCAUCGGCACUCCGGGCUGCAAGCGUCACUCCCACGCUGCCUUCCCUGUGCAAUUCUCCUUUCAGGAAGGGGGUGCCCUUGACCUGUCGCAGGACGAGGUGGCCGCCCAGGACAACUGCAAGAGCUCCCCACGCUGUCACCGGAGUGACGGCGAGUUCUCCCCGCACUCCCACUACAGUGACUCUGAAGACGUUGCCUUGGACCUGCAGAGCGAAGACGAGGAACUGUCUGGACUGCAGCAGCCCCCAAAUUACCAAUAA